UGGGAUGCAGCGACGGGGCUGCCAUCUGGUGAGCCCUUGCGAGGGCACACUGGUUUGGUUUGGUCAGUCUCUUUCUCCCCCGAUGGCACUCGCAUCGUAUCUGGUUCACAGGAUAAAACUAUCCGGCUGUGGAAUGCAGCGACAGCGCAGCAAUUUCAGGAACACACUGAGAUCCAUUCCUCUGCAUUCUCUUUGGAUAUAGGUCCCAUCACACCUUGCAAACAGGAGACUGCCAUGCACAGCAAUAAUUGUAACAAUCACCCCAUUUGCUUCGCAUCAAACUUGAAGCAUGCACUGCAAAACCCUACUGAGCUGCUCAAGGGCACCUCUCAUCAUGAUCUUAAUCCAACCCCUGUCUUGCCGAAAGAUGGAUGGAUGGUAGGAGCCAAUCGUCGGCUGCUUUUUUGGGUACCACUCGCUUCCCGAGAACGACCAUUUUAUUCUCCUGGGAUUGCAUCUGUGAUACCCAGUGGGCAAGAAAUUGAUUUGAGUCGCAUGGCUCAUGGAGAACACUGGUCGAAUUGCCGAGACGCCCCUACUUCCCGAUGAUCCAAUUGUAGCAAUACUGAGUGUACAGUUUUGUUCUAUGUCAAUCCUAUAUCUGGCAUCGAGUUUGAAUUUCAGUGAAAUGGCCCGCCGAAAACGAGACUGAGUAUGACUCCAAAUACUACUGCUAGUUUGUCAGAGCACACACUGAGG